AUGAUGAAGUGGAGGAGGAGAGAGGGGCAUCGCGGUGGUCAUAGCAGCAACGAUGGUGGUGGUGGUGGUGAUGAUGGUGAUGGUGAUGGUGGGAAUAUGAGUGUUCGGCCGUCGUAUACCCGCCGUGGUUGUUCCAGUUACUCCUAUUUUCAUAUGGAAGAAACUUCUCUUUCCACUGAGGUUUCAACAGAUACACAAAGUUGUCAAACUCUGCGAGAAAUAGAUGAUGAUAAAACAGCUUUAGAGGAUCAAAAUGGAAUUCAUGAUGGAAACAAACAUGAAGGAAGGAGAGAAUUCGUUGCGCCUGCUAUAGGAAUGGAGUUUGAGUCCUACGAUGAUGCUUACAAUUAUUAUAAUUGUUAUGCAAGGGAGAUUGGAUUUAGUGUGAGAGUCAAAAACUCGUGGUUUAAAAGAAAUAGCAGAGAGAAAUAUGGUGCUGUACUUUGUUGCAGUAGCCAGGGUUUUAAAAGAGUUAAAGAUGUAAACCAUUUGCGGAAGGAAACGAGAACCGGUUGUCCUGCAAUGAUAAGGAUGAGGUUAUUGGAUUCUAAAAGGUGGCGGAUACUUGAAGUUUCUCUUGAGCACAACCAUUUGUUAGUUGCAAAAGGCUUCAAGACGAGUAAAAUGAUGGUGGCCAAAACCAAGAGGAAAAUACAGACGAACUCUGAAUCAGACAUGCAACCAGUGAAACUGUACCGGGCCCUAGUGAUUGAUGCAGGAGGUUAUGAGACCUCAAAUUUAGUCCAAACGAAGGUCAGAUCUUCAUGUGAUCGUUCCGAUCACUUGAAUUUAAGAAAAGGUGUCCAAGUGAAGGAAAGGGUUCUCAGUGAAGGAAACCGGAGAGAAGUUAGGGAUUAUGAAGUUUUGUACAAUCGAGUGGCGGCAGAAGUUCGUUGCAUCUGCAGCUGCUUCAACUUCUACGGUUACUUAUGCCGACAUGCAUUAAGUGUACUCAACUUCAACGGUAUAGAGGAGAUACCAUCAAAGUACAUAUUAUCACGGUGGAAAAAGGAUUAUAAGCGUUUAUUUAUACCAAAUCAUGGGUCAAGUACUACAGAUGCUAGUGAACGGGUGCAAUGCUUCAAUCAAUUGUACAGAAGUGCAUUGCAAGUUGUGCAGGAGGGGGUGAUCUCUCUAGACCAUUAUAAGGUUGCACUACGAGCAUUUGAAGAGUCGUUGGAUAGAGUUCACGACGUUGAAGGAAAACACAAAUAA